AUGGCCACCGUUCAAAAGACCCGGGAUCAACAGAAGCAAUUUCCCAUGCCGGACGAGGAUGACUACUCGUCAGACAGCGGGGACUAUGACAGUAGUGACGACUACGGCGAGGAAGAAGUGCCCCAGCAGCAAAAUAAGCGGCGACGGCGACGAUGGCCAUUGCAAGAGGAUGAUAAAGAGGCCUAUUCAGAUGAAGAAGACGGCUAUCCCUCCGAUCAAGAUUAUUCCGAUUAUGAUGACAAUGAUGACGACGCCGACGACUAUGUGAUGCAAGGCAAGGCGAUGCUGCCGUACCAGCAGACCAACAUGGUCGAGGAACAGCGCAGUUUUAGCCCCGUACCGCAGCAGAAAAAUAAAUCCGGCAGUGGUGAUGGUCUGAAGUUGAGGCUGGAGCUGAAUCUGGAUAUCGAGAUCGAGCUCAAGGCCCGCAUCACCGGCGAUUUGACCCUCGCACUCCUGUGA